AUGGGCAAAGUCGUGGCCGCUGUUGGGCUCUCCCAUGCUCCGGGAGCUUUGGCAUUUCCUGAAACUGCCGAUCCCAAAGUCCGUGAGCGUACAGAGAAUGCAACGAGAUCACUGGGCAUCUCGAUCGAGUCAUCUCGACCAGAUGUGAUCAUUGCAUUCCUCGAUGAUCAUUUCGAGAAUUUUUUCCGCAACCUGUGUCCCCCAGUGACAAUGGGUAUUGCAGAUCAACAUGUUGGCCCUGCCGACCAGUGGAUGGAAACUCUGCGGAUAGAUAAAACGACUGUCUUUCCAGGCGCUCCUGCUCUAGCCGAGAAACUCCUGGCCAGUCUUACCAGUCAAGGAUACGAUAUCGCACGUGCCGGGCCAUGCGAGUAUGGCAACAACUUACUCAUGCCAUGGAAAUUGAUGGGGGUCGAAGAGUCGCUGGCCAAUGUUCCCAUAAUUCCCAUUUUCAUCAACGUCUUCACCCCUCCCCUGAUCUCUUACAGGAGGGCAUACAACCUGGGAGAAGCCGUCCGUCACGGUGUUGAAACUGCUUUUUCCGAGGACACGAGAGUCGCCUUCAUCUCCACUGGAGGCCUCUCCCACUGGCCCCCAUACUGGAGCCCCAUUCAGGGCGGUGAUCCACCCACAGACCCGUUCCUUCAGCGUAUCAAGCGCUAUCAAACCGAAGGCAAGGAGUACUUGAAGCAGGAUCCCCGUCUCUUUGUCGACUUUGACAACUACGAGAUUGAAAUGGCCAAGAAGAACGAAUAUCCUCUCAAUUCCAAACAUCCUCUUGUGAACUGGGACUGGGACCGACAUUUCAUGGAGAAAUACUCCGAAGGUGACACGGAAUACAUGAAGAACCUGACAUACGAGGAAGUUGAGGAGCAGGCUGGCCAUGGAGGCCACGAAGUGCUCAACUGGGUUGCAAUGUUGGGAGCUAUGAAAGGCGCCAAGAGCAAGAUGUUACUUUACGAGCCUGUCGUUGAAUGGAUCUGCGGCAUGGUUUAUCAGGAUUUCUGUAUCACUGAGAAACUCAACUAG